AUGGAAAGGGUAUCUGAAGAGUUAGAUGAAGCGAAAGCUGAGAUUGAGAAGCUCAAAGCAGAUUUGAAACGCAAAGCAGAAUUGUCAGACAACUUGAAGAAAGCUCAUGGUCAACAGCUUAUCCGAACUCAAGAAUCGUGUUCUAAGAUUGAGAAACAGGCCCAAGAAUUAAAUGCUAAGGAAGAGGAAAUCUCCACGGUGAAGCGAAUGUGUGAAGAUUUGCAAUGCAGCUUGAAUGAAAAGGAGUCUGUUAUCAGACGUCUAAGCACUGCAAAUGAUAAGCUUAGAGUUGAUUGUGGAGAGAAGUAUAAAAAAUGGGAGGAGGAGAAAAGGGGGUUAGUGUUGGCACUAGAUGAGGCAAAUGAGAAGAACAUAGAUCAAGAGCAAAAGAUUCAUGUGUUUAUGGCAGAGAUUGAAGGUCUCAAGGGGGUUCUAUCUGCUUCACAAAAGAAAUGCUUGGAAGCAGAGAAAAAUGCCAAAGCAUCCAAAGGGAUGAGGGAAAGGGAUUCUAUGCUAUUCAAGUUAGAGGAGGAGAGUAGGAAGGUUGAAAAUCAGCUAAAAUGGAAGAAAGAGCAGUUCAACCAUCUAGAAGAAGCGCAUGAAAAGCUCCGAGUGCAGUUCAGGGACAGCAAGAAAGAGUGGGAAAUUGAGAAGUCCACAUUGAUUGAUGACAUUUGCUCACUACAGACACGCUUAGAUUCUCAGACCAGAAUCUCAGAAGAUCUUGAAAAACAGUUUAAGUGGUGCAAUGAAGCCUUGGCUCGUGAAGAAAGCAGGAGAAAGUAUCUGGAAGUUGAGUUUUCUGAAUUUAAGGCACGCUUUGAAAAUGUUUUCACUGAGUGUCAGGAUGCAAAGUCAAGACUAGAAGGCUUGGCCACUCAGAGGGACGAAGAAAUUGCGGCCCUGAGACAUUCUUUGGUUACAAAGGAGACAUUUUACAAAGAAAUUGAGUACAAAGCAGGGAAAAUGGAGCAAGAAAAUCAGGAGUUGCUGGCGUCACUCAAAGAACUUCAGGAGGCUGGGAUUCGGGAACUGGGAAAUUCUUCUUCUUUGGCAAAAAUGAGAAACAAGCUCAAGAGUUUGGAGCAGGUGCACAGAAAUUGCUCUGUAAAUCUUAGAGCUAAAGAAGCUGAAUGGAGCUCUCAACUGGAGAAAUUGACUGAAGAGCUGGAUAAUUACAGGUCUGCACUAGAGAGCAAAGAAACAGCAGUAAAAGAGCUUCAGAUGGAAUUGGAAAAUUGUCACUCUGUGACAAUGCAGUUGAAGUUGCAGAAUGAGGAGGCUUCAACAAUGCUACUCGUGUUGAAAUCAGGAAUAAUUGAGGCUCAAUUGAACAUUGGGAAUGCUGAGACUGAGGCGAGGCUCCGUGACAAAGAAAGAGGUGAAGAUGUCUCUCUCUUGAUGAGGCAGCUGGAGACAAAGAACAGUGCUUUGACUAAAGCAAUAACAGAUUGCGAGGAGGAACGUCAAAAGGUUGCAUCUUUAUUGAAGAGAGUUGAGGACCUGGAUCUUGUCAAAGAGCAGCAAUUGAUGAUGCAGAAAGAGCUUGAGAGGUACAAAGAAUUGCUUGAGGAAUCAUCCAGGUGUCAAAUUCGCUUCAAGAAGGACGCUUUGCAGACAGAAAGUGAAUUGAAAGAUAACCUUAAGGCAGUUUGUGAUGCCUUGGACGUGGCAAACACAGAAUUAGCCAAAGAACAUGAGAAGGUAGUAUCUUUGUCAAGGAGAGCCGAGUCCUUGGAUCUUUUAGAGGAGAAGUGGCUCUUGAUGCAGAAAGAGUUGGAGAAGUGCAAUAAAGUGCUUGAGGAAUCAUCUAGGCGUCAACAUCGCCUAGAAGAACAAGCUUUCCAGAUCGAAAACGAGUUGAGAAAGAAAUUUGGAGAAGUUGGCGAUGCAUUCGACAUGGCCAGUUCUGAAUUGGCAGAACAUCGUGAGAAGGUAGAAUGUUUUUCUAGGAGGGUUGAGCACCUAGAUCUUGUUGAAGAGCAACGACUUCUGAUGCAGAAAGAGCUUGAGAUGUAUAAGGAAAUGGUAGAAGAAUCAUCGAGGAAGCAGCUUCUAGUAGAAAUGAAAGCUUUGGAUGUGGAAACUGACUUAAAGGACAAACUAAGAGAAGUUUCUGAUGCAUUGGACACUGCAAAGGCUGAAUUGGCUAAAGAAAAUGAGAAUGCCGCAUCUUUGUUGAGAAGAGUUCAGUCUCUAGAUCUUAUUGAACAGCAGCAUCUCCUGAUGCAAAAAGAAAUCGAAAAAUACAAGGAAAUGCUUGAGGAGUCAUCCAGGUGCAAACAUACCUUGGAAAAGCAAGCUUUCCAGAAGGAAAAAGAGUUGAAAGAGAAACUUCAAGAAGCAAGUGAUGCAUUACACAUGUUGAAAUCUGAUUUUGCGGCUCAAAUUUAUGAAGGACAUGCUGUGGAAUUUGAAUUGUGGAUAUGGAAAUCGAUUGCUCAUCGUUUAAAAGAAGAUCUCGAAGAAAGCAGGUUGUUGCGAAAAGACAUAGAAGCUUCUCUUCUUUCCCAAGUAGAAGUUGAGGAAACUAUCAAGCAGGAGAAAGCUGACCUCGUCCGCAUGUUACAAGUAAGGGACAGUAGAAUAGAUAACCUGCAGCAGCAGGUUGAAUUCAUUGAGAAAGAACUUAAAACAAGAGACUCAGCAUCUGCCACUUCUGCAAUGGAGAUAAUAAUGUCCUUUGAGUCAGAGAAAGAAGGUUUUCUACGAACCAUGAAAGAGAAGGACAAAUUGUUAGAUGAUCUGCAGAAAGAGGUUGGGUGGCUGGAGCAAGAAUCAUUGAAAAGAGAACUUGAAGAUGCUGUGUUGACUCUAAUGGAGGCAGAAAGAAAAUUCGACCAUGAAAAAGAACAUAUUAUCCAGCUUGUGGAAGAGAAAGAUCAAAGAAUGCAGGACCUCUUGCAGCUUGUGAAGUCAAUGGAACAAAAAUUUAAUGGCUCAUUGACCUCUUUCUCUAUGGAGAUUGCUGAGAAGCAGGCUGAGAUUCGUUUGGUCCACGAGGCUUGGGAAAAGAUUGCUUCAGCUGAGAUUCUAGCCCAACUGGAAAUUGAAGAGAAGAAAAUGAUGAUAUUAGAGCUGGAGGAGGACAUCUUUUCUAUAAAAGAGAGACUGGAAUUGCAGGAAAAAUCACUCUCGGAUGCGAAACAGAAGGCACGAGAAAUUGAAGCUGAACUAGCAGCAAAACACGUUGAAAUGAAGAAAUUAGAGAGUCUAAUGGAGACAAAGCUGAGAACAUCAGAAGCCUCAGUGGAUGAGCUAAAAAACGGGAACAGAAGUGUGGCUGAAAACGUCAUGAAGUUGUCAUCCCGAAGGGACAAUUUGUUUGGCUUGCUCGAGGAACUUGGUGAGAGAAUUAGCCAGUUCUCCGAUGAAGACAAGCAAUUGAUGGGAACCUUGGAAAGCAUGGUGCAGUCAUUUGAUGAUAGUGGAUCCGGUCCCAUCUCGAAGAGUGAUAGCGAGCUUUUCAAGGCUGUGAAAGAGAAUGUCAAUACUUGUCCUUCACCUACAACAAAGAGAUUUCAGUCUGUUCUUGAGGACAGAUCGCCAUUUAGAGAGCUCAACUAG